ACCUCACAUUUCCUCCAUGUGACCAAAGUGGUAAAAAGGUAUGAUUAGGUAGCAUGUUUGUACAGUAUUUUGCAUUCUGGAUAUUCAAAAUAAAACUUCUCUUCUCUUGACAGAUAAAUACUAUGUGUGAAGAGUGGUGAAAGGGAACACUGAUUUCUGAAGUGGCCUGGAAAGGAAAAGCACUGGUCAACAUUAAGUGGACAAAUGCUCAGUGUUUACCAAAGAUGCUGUUAAGUAGUCAUUGCUACUUCUUUGCUUAAACUCAGUUAAAGCUCUUCAUAACAUGGGCUGCAUGAAAUCAAAGCAAACUUUCCCAUUUCCUACUACAAUUGAGAGUGACGACCGGCAUGCAAGUGCAGAAAGCUUUAUGUCAGAAGAGAGAUUUCGACCUAGGAUGCCUUCAGUUAUCAAUGAGGAAGUGAAGGAACCCUCAAAGCCCGAAAUCGUGGUCUUCGAAUUUGCACACCGCCUGUCCCAGCAAAUCUUGAGUGAUGCCUUGCAGCAGUGGGCAAACAAUAACAUCAAAUACUAUGACAUUCCAUUCAUUGAGAGUGAAGGGCCUUGACACUGUAGGAUGAUGACACUUACUUGAACUGUGGAUAUAGCUGGUGCUAGUUUAAAUACAGGAAAGAAAAGCAAAAAGUGCUGUGAUCAAAUGACUUCAUCUGAAUAUAAAAAUAAAUCUAUAAUAUCAAGAAUGCAGGAAUACCUAAAAUGAAAUGUGUUUUAAGCAGUUCUGUGGUAGCAGCAGUUUCUAUUUGCUUGGUUUUGGAUUUUAGUCAUUGAAAGGGCUAAAUGUAGGUCCUGUGGCACCACAGUAAUCGGCUGUAUGUCAUACCACUUUCUUCUUGAGAUAGCAUCACCAAAGAAAAAGGCCCCAAGUUU